CUUGCAGCAUGUGAUUCACAGGCAAUUGGUUUGGCCAGUGGUGGUAGAAUUCCAGAUAGCAGCUUCUCAGCCAGUUCAAUAUUUAAAGCCAUAUAUGCAGCUAAAUAUGGUCGUCUUAAUGGAAGACGGGCAUGGGAACCUAAGACUAAUGAUCUUGAUGACUACCUACAAAUUGACCUUCUCUAUGAGUAUGUUAUCUGUGCUGUAGCUACUCAAGGAAAUCCACCAACCCAAUCAAUAGGGGCUCAAGAAUGGACCACAGAGUACAAACUGAGAUUUUCACUCAACGGUACCACCUUUCUCCCUUAUAAAGAAAACAAACUUGACAAGGUU